GGUUGCGGUAUUGCAUCGCUGCUUUGGUGCGACUAUACGUUCCGCACUCUUCAAUCACUUGCACACGCCCACACUCGCUAAGACACUUUCGCUUCGGGGAAUUAAUGAUACAGAGAGUACAACAGGUCACCCAACGCAAAGCGGAAGACGGAUGCACGGCUAAGGGAAGGCUUGCUGGAGAAGUUCACCAUAUCUAGCGACAAGUGGGGAGAGCAACACAAAGAGACGCCACAAUGGCACACAUGUCACGACGGCGGCGGCGGCAGGCUAUCACCCUUCUCGCCUUGGCAGCACUACCCUCCGCCUACGCACAAUUAACCAACAUACCCACCCUGGGCGGCACAACGACGACAACCUCCCCAUCAACGACGGCAACAACCGCCCACUCAACCUCCCAAUCCACAUCCGCAACGACCACAGCAACGAGUGCCUCGUCCGCCUCCACAACCGCCACAACCUCCACCUCCGGCGCCCCCGCCGUCUCCCUCAGCAACCUCCCCACCAUCGCCGGCGCCGGCAUCCCCACCCUCAUCGUCCCGGACACCGCGCACGCGCCCUUCAUGCAAAAGUCCUCCCUCCCGGAAGGCACCGUCUUCAUCGCCGUCGGCGGCGUGCUAGCCUUCCUCGGCGCCUGCGUGCUCCUGUGGCGCGGGUUGAUCGCGUGGAGCGUCAACCACUCCGUGCAAAAGGCCGCGAUGGCUUCGAUCAGGGGGAUGUCGGAGAAGGCGGCGAGUACGUUUGGAGGAGGAGGGGGGAGUGGGGGUGGGAUGGGGAGUGGGAGGUAUAAUCCGAUUAUGAGGGGCGGCGGGAACGGUGGGUACAAGGAGAUGGCUUUUGCGGAUGGUGGGGCUGGUGGUGGUGGUCGGGGGAGUAGUGUUUCGCUGGAUGCGCUUACGAGUGCGGGGAGGCAUGUUAGUAAUACGCGGCCGCGUCUGCAUUCGCGCGACUUUCAUGGGGCGGAGGGGAUUCAGCGGGAGAACACGCCUCCCGCCGGGUUGUUCUUCUCGCCGACGGCCCACGCGGGACGAGGAGGGCAAUCCGAAACCCACGCCAUCACCCCGGCCCACAAUCGGACGACGUCAUCCUAUCUGCCAGCAGGCUACUACGCCUCCCCAUCCGCUCAAGCAGGAGGCGGCGCGACGACAACUACCCUCGGGGGAGCGCCGGCGCCGUACGGCAGACACAGCGUCCACAACCCCUCCCCACCCACCUCGCCCGGCCUCCCUCCCUCCACACGAAGCGGGAGGACGCCAACAACAACAACAACGACAACAUACACACAUACUCACCGUGCCGCUUCCCGAGACGGUCUCCGCGGCACCUCACGCGACCGCUUCCGCGCCCCAGACGCGCAAAGUGCGCGGACCAGCUACCUCGACCCCUCCGCUUCUUCGUCUUCCGCGCGGCAGGCGUCGACGGGUGGCGGGGGGCUGUACGCGCAGCCGAGCAGCAGUAGCCUGAUGGUGGGGGUGGGCGGACAGGCGGGCGCGGGGUUGAAUGUGCGGAAGACUCGGGAGAGUAGCCGGGAUGGCUUGGCGGGCGGUCGCGCGCCGAGUGCGUAUCUGGAGGAAAUGUUUGAGAAUCAUGGACGGGGGCCGCGGGAGCGGUUUUAGGAGGUUGUGUAUGUGUGCGCAUGUGCUUGUGGGUGAUGGGUUCUGCGGCGUUUGUUACGGGGGAUGUGCGUGGUGUGCGUGGUGUCUUGAGAGGGAUUGUUCCUGAAACACGGUUGAGGAAUGGCGGCGUUGUUGCGACGGGGCGCAGGGCGUGGGGGGUUCUUAAUGAUGGGAAUGAAUGGAGAAAAGAAUGCAUCAUGAAGCGUUUUGUUCUUUCGCACGUCGCAGGUACGGAGAAUAUGAGAG